AGCUCAAUAAAUAACCCUAUACUGAUCAUAUCUCUUAGGCAGACCCCAUCUAUAUCUCUUUUUCUCUCUGUCUCAAUGGCAAGAAUAAUAGAACCUCUUAUUGUUGGAAGAGUGAUAGGAGAUGUUCUUGAUUCUUUCACACCAUCAAUAAAAAUGUCUGUCUCUUACAGUAACAGGAACGUCUACAACGGACAUGAGUUCUAUCCAUCGGCAGUUGCUUCGAAACCUAAGAUUGAGGUCCAAGGAGGAGACAUGAGAACUUUCUUUACACUGGUCAUGACAGACCCUGAUGUUCCUGGUCCUAGUGAUCCAUAUCUGAGGGAGCACCUGCACUGGAUAGUGAGCGACAUCCCAGGAACAACAGAUGCUACAUUUGGAAGGGAGGUGGUGAGCUAUGAAAUUCCAAGGCCAAACAUAGGGAUCCACAGGUUUGUGUUUGUUCUAUUCAAGCAAAAACGAAGACACACGAUCAAUCCACCAUCUUCGAGAGAUCAUUUCAGCACUAGAAACUUUGCUGCUGAAAACGACCUUGGUCUUCCUGUAGCUGCUGUUUACUUCAAUGCUCAAAGAGAAACUGCCGCAAGAAGACGGUAAUCAGAUAUGAGACAUCGAUGGAUAUCUCUUUCUUCUGCUCAUUAUCAUCAUUAUUAUUAUAAAUAAAAACUGAACAGUAACCUUUAAUAAUUAUUAUUCAUAUGUAAAAUAAGAUAAGAAAUAAUUGGACAAUUUCAGUAUAUUUUUCCAUUGAAGUAA